CGUCUCUCCCGUGAAAUCGAUCUACUCACGUCUCUCCCGCGAAAUCGAUCUACUUCUUCAGCGCGAAAUCGAUCUCCAAACACGUCUCUCCCGCGAAAUCGAUCUGCUCUUUCAGUGAAAUCGAUCUUCUCCUUCAACGUUGUCUGCAACUCCCUCCAUCGACCUCUUCCUCAAGAUGAGUCAGCAACAAAAUGAUGCAUAUUUCACCAACUUGAUGAAUGAUGGGACUGAUUAUGAAUUUAUGGAUGAACCUCUUGACCAAGGGGAUCAGUCUUCCCCAAUCUCUCCUCAAAUAGAAACCACCAAGAAACCACAACGAGGUGGCAACUUCACUACAGAAGAAGACAGUAUGCUCAUAUCGGCGUGGCUUAACAUUAGCUUAGAUCCAGUGCAAGGGAAUGAACAAAAAUCAAAGGCUUAUUGGCUAAGAGUGUGGGAGUAUUUCCACCAGUACAAAACUUUUUCAUCUAAUUGUAGUCAAACUUCUUUAAUGAACCGUUGGUCAGCAAUUCAACUUGCCACGAAUAAGUUCAGUGGGUGCUUCGCCCAAAUCCAAAGGUUGAAUCAAAGUGGAAAGACUGACAAAGAUAAGGUAUUAAUGCCAUUGAGUUUUUUAUACUUAUUAUCAUUGGAAUUGUCUAAUCUCAUGAUAAUUAGUGUUCUUUUAUCUAUUAUUCAGAUUCUUGAUGCGAGGAAAUUAUACAAAGAGUUGUACAAAUCGUCAUUUCCAUUUGAACAUUGUUGGCAUGAGUUAAGAGAUCAACCAAAAUGGCGAGAGGAAUAUAGCAUGAAGAAACAAAAACCAAAAAAAGUGGCAACUCCCGGCGUUUGUUCUCCUAGUGCACCGGAUUCAAUCAAUUUAGAGGACCAUGAUGUUUCACAUAAUGACAAUGUAGACUUGGAAAGACCACCGGGUAGGAAAGCUGAAAAGGAACGUUUGAAUAAAAGAAAGAAUAAAGACCGUGGAAAUGAAGGAGGGUCACCUAUUUUAAUAUUAUUAGAGGAUUUAAAGGAAGAUAGAAAGAAAAUGAAUGACAAGAAAAUAGAGAUGUAUGAAAGGUCGUAUCUUCAAGAGCAAGAAAAGAUUGAUAAUGAGAAAAAGAGGACGCAAACGGAACAAGAAAAGGUUGAUAAUGAGAAAGAGAAGAUACGAAUGGAACAAUUGAAGGAGGAAGAGCGAAUAAUGUCAAUAGAUACAAGUGGUCUGCCUUCAUUGCAAGCAGAAUGCCUUCAUCGCCGCCAAAUGGAAAUUCUCCAAAAAAAGAUUUAGUUGUUGGAACUACCCAAAAAAAAUUUAGUUGUUGGAACUAUGUUUUUCACUUUAUUUAUUGUUGGAUUUGAUUCUCCAUUGUAGGCAGAACUAUGUUUUUUAUGCAGUUUAUGUUGGAAUUAUUUAUUAUAUGUUAAAAGUUUUUUGGAACUA